CGCCCCAGUCCGGCUGGCGGCCUGCCGCAUUUCACCAACUCGGCCCCUUUGCCUACGUCAGGCUCUUCCUUUCCCUGCCCCCUCCUGCCCCCUCCUGCCCCCUCGAUCCCCCCUCCUGCCCCGUCGGUCCUCCCCCCGGCCUGGCCUGUCGGUCUCUUGCUCCUCGGUCGCCUGUGCGAUGCGCCGGCCAUCCUUCUGCCGAGCCUCGCUGCCCGGCCUGGCCCUCGUCGGCUGGCUUGUGCUGGUGCUUGUGGGCCUUGUGACGGCCGAUGCCCCCUCGGGCGUGGACUUCCGCGCGGCCGCCUCGUCAUCCACCUUUCGCGAGCAGCUCGUCAUCUCCCCCACGGCCGAUGGUCUGCAUACCUUCCUCCGGGCGGAGUUCCUGAUCUCCUCGCCAGCCGACCUGGCCCAUGCCGACGCGCCGAAUCCGCGCCAGCACUACCGCAGCGAUGUCUACCCCGCGGCUGUGCGGCAAAUUUUCCACCUCAAUCCCCACUUGGAAGCUGCGGCGCUCACUUUUUCACAGGGGCAAUUCAUGCUGUCAGAAUGGGGCGCCCUCGAUCUCGGCCAUGGUGCCGCCGGGCAGGCUGCCCAGCGGGCCGCCUCUCCCGCGCGCCGGCUUCUCCUCCAGUCCCAGGAGCUGGUCCCCACGGGCUCGCGCCUGGUUGGUCUCUUCCGGCCUUCGGCCACAAGCACCCCCGCCGACAUCGGCACUGCCAGCAUGGAUGCUCACCUGGAUGCCAGCUGGUCUGGCCUGACCAACAUCCUGGGCGGGCUUUUUUGCGUGUCCUCACACGACAUGACCUCCGAGCGGGUGGUGGACUCGGUGUUCGAGGCCGGUGAAUCCCCCGGCCCGACCGCCUGGCUGUUGUCCCGGUCGAGCAUGCUCCCGCGCGAGUCCUCCUGCACGGAGAACCUCUCGGCCCUGCGCCGGUGGGUUUUGCCAUGUGCCGUGUCCGGGGAGAUGCCCCUCGGGCCUGGUGCCGCCGGGCUGGGCGACCGUGGGGUUGCCUCCGGCGGGGGCCUCGCCGGCAUUCUCCUCUCCAGCCCCCAUGGUAUUUUCUCGGCCCCCUGGCACUCGCUGUCGCUCUUCCUCAGCCGAACUGAGGGCAUUCGCGUGGCCGUGGACCUGGUGGUUCCGAAUUCCCGUGCUCGGACCAUCAAGCAGGCCUGGGGCAUCGGCAUGCAAGUGGCCAAUGUCCCCCCGGUGGCCGUAUCCCAUGUCAGCCUCUGCCCGGUGGCCAGCAGCUCGCGUGUCUUGAUCUUCCCCGGCCUCGCCACCACGAAGGUGGCCGCCACGGCCACAGCCGCCAUGGCGGUGCCCGGCCCGACACUCCGGGAGAUCACCACCGCCGAAGACCUGGCCGCCAUGCUGGACGCUCGCCUGGGGCCGGCCGAGGAAGACACCUCGGUCGAGGCCGUUCCCCUGCAUGGCGACGCGGCCGGGCGCCUGCCGAUCUUGGUGGAGAGGUCCCUCACAUCGGACCUCAGUGACCAGGGGUCGGGCUUGCUGGUGACCCGGAUUCUCUUCCGCCUUCCGGCCAGCGAUGGGCCUGACGCGCCCAGCAUCUGCCAUGUUCGUCUGGAUGAUGUGCUCCCCUGGUUUUUGGUUCCCUUCCUCCACACGCUGCGACACUCCAUGGUGUCCACCGGCACCAGCGGCAGUGCCUCCGGCGCUGGCGAUGCUGCUUUGGCAUCCUCUCGGCCGGACUUUCGCCUGGAAGGGUUGGCCUUCGCGCCGGCCGUGCCCGAGCACUCGCCGGCCCAGCUGCGCAUCGACUUCACGCUGGCCGCCGGCGCGGGGCCUGGCCCCCACGAGGGCGAGGUGCUCUUUGAGAUGCGCGUGCGCAAGCGCUUCAUCCACAUUGACCUGCACCCGCCCGAUGCCAACCGCGGCUUUGAGAUCUUCCCGAGCGAGGUGCAGGUGGAGUGUCAGCUUCCGGCCGGUCACGACGCGCGGCUCAUCCCCACCGGCCUGGCCUGGCCGGCAGACGGGGCCGCGUCUCCUGCCAUGGCCUCUUCCACGCCCUCCGGAUCGGUGGCCCUGCGGUACCGGGCCUUCACCCGGCCGCUGCUGGUGUACCUCCCUCUGCCGGACUUCAGCAUGCCCUUCAAUGUGAUCGCCGGGACAUCCACCGUGAUUGCCCUCUUCUUCGGCUACAUGUUCAAUCACCUGGUCCGAGCGGUGGUGGUGAAGCCUGCUCGCUCGGCUGGCUUGAAGGCUCGGUUGGGGGGGCUCCUCCGUCGCCGCCCAGCGCCGCCGGCCGCCUCUUAGCCCCCCCCCCCCUCCCCCCCAAUGCGGCGACACCCCACCGCCCAAAAUACACAGCCGGUUUCCUG